AUGUCCGAUGCUCGUUUGUCUCGAUCUAGCACUUCAUCAACCCAGGCCAUUCAAGCUUUAGCCGAAACUGUUUCUGUCAAUAAUCCCCCUACGCCGCAACCCUUGUUGAAACAAGAUCUCCAGAACGGCGGGUCUCAUCCGUCAUCGACGGGCAAUCUUGCUUCUACUACACACAGCUCGCGAUCGUCAUUUCCUUCAUCCGGGAAGAACAUCCGAGCUUCUACAAUGUUUUCCACAAUUAUUGGCCACACUCGGGGUCUUCUCCCCCGGAGGGAGUCUCAAGGACAAGACGUAGUUAGAGUCGGAGAUUUCGAUCACACCCCUCCGCCCAGUGGACGUCCAUCCGUCGACAUUCCAAAAAAGGAGGAUAAGGGAGAAGGCAUCACAUCUCAACAACUGCUUCACAAGCCAUCCCGGAUUGGCAAUCUUACUGUUAAAGAUCAAUCAACUUCGACCAUCUCGAAACCUCUCUUGGGCGUUGCCGGAAUACCAAAGGCCCAGUUGGACAAGCUGCCUGACUGCCACAAUAAUCUCCACGAUUCGAAUACGCAACUAUCCUCACCAGGUAAAACCUGUGAACCGCCGAUCGCAUAUGCGCAAUUAUCAGGUCGAAGCCGAUCUUUGGGGUCAAUGAUGAAUUAUUUGUGGAAAAGCCACUGGCUAAAACGUUUGUCACAACUAAGCGGAUCGCUCGAUCCCAUACUUCCAGAGAUAUCAUUCCGAACGAAAUCGGUUAGAGCUGACGAUAGACGCCCAUCAGAGCCCGUACUGCCGAGCAGUCAAGUUCUGAAUAAGCUAUCAUCUUGGUCGCCCUUACCUGGUGAGCCGGAUCAUCGUGUUGAUGGCCUCUUGUUCAAGCGUACUUUCAGUGAUCUCGAAAGACUUGUUGACGAGGCCCUCUCGCUUGCGUUAGAGACAGCCGGCCGUUCAGAGAUUGCGAUGCACGAUAACCAAGAUCCUCUUCCUGAAGUAGGGGAUCCUAAUCUACUUGCUAAGCCAAACACAUCGCCUGACACCCAAGAAAACGACGAAGUGGUUACAGAAGCCGAAGACGGUAAAAUCCGUCAUGGGAAGCCACAAUAUAGAUGUGCUGCCACUUACACUACCGUGCCAACACAUCCACGCUUAGCUGAUAUUGUCGAGAGUUAUUCGAGAACGUAUCAGGAGCUUCGAACAAGAACCCACAUCGACCGUACGCGCCAGGAAAGCUCCUCAAGACAAGCACUGCAUGGUGUUUUGUCUCGAUCGCCCAGUAACGCAGCAACGGCGGAACCUAAACGCAAAUCUGUUACACUGGAGGACCUCAUCAGCACUGUUACUUCUCUCAAGUCUGAUUUCAAGAGGCAAGAUACUGAAGCCAAAAUUCAAAAGUGUGCUUCAUCUAUCAGCCUCCCAUCGGGCAUUGGAAGUGGAACCGGACAAGAUGCCCUGCCAGAUCACGGCCUUUCUGAUAGGAGGUUACACUAUGAGCAUGGGAUUAACCUACGAAAGAGAUCACAUGUCAGUCUACGUGAUACGCGUGGAUUCAACCUUCCGAAAUCACACAUAAGGCAACCCAUUGCGAGAGACUGGUCACCUGUUCGGAAACGUUCUGUUGCUUCUGUCGCUUGCUUGAGUACAGCCCUCAUUGGAGUACUCCUUGGAAUCUAUACGGGCAUGGUACCUUCAAUCCAGUACUAUAUCGUGGAUCAAUCGCAUGUUACCGUUCAUGGCAACACCGGUUGUUUCCUAGCUCUCGCUUUGCCUUCGUUCGUUUUUUGGCCAUUGCCUCUACUUCACGGUCGAAAACCAUACAUCAUGUCCAGCCUCAUUAUUGCAAUGCCGUUAAUUUUCCCCCAAGCGAUCGCUGUCAGUAAUCAAAGAUUGACAAAUACUACCUACUGGCGGGCCAUGCUUUUGACCUGUCGUACGCUGAUGGGUGGCUCGUUAGGGUUUGCCAGCAUGAACUUUCACUCAGUUCUAACAGACCUGUUUGGUGCAUCCCUGAUGUGUAGACACCCCCAUCAAGAGGUCGUUGAUCAGUUUGACGCAAGGAGACAUGGAGGUGGUAUGGGUAUCUGGCUUGGAAUCUGGACCUGGUGCUGGAUCGGAUCCCUCGGUCUUGGAUUUCUCAUCGGUGCCUCCAUUAUUGACAGACAUCCCCCAGCCUGGGGAUUCUAUGUCAGCAUCAUAUUGAUUGCAGUGGUAUUGAUCCUCAAUGUAAUAUGUCCCGAAGUACGAAGGUCUGCAUUCCGUCGAUCUAUUGCAGAAGUACGAACCGGAGGGAGCAUCUCGCGCCGUUUAGCCCGAGGAGAAGUCAUGAUGCAUCGAGUCAAGACAGGUCCCAAGUGGUGGGGUCAGGAGGCAUAUCAUGGGGUUCGCUUAUCCCUGGAGAUGCUCGAGCAACCUGGUUUUGCCGUUAUAGCGAUUUACGUCUCAUGGAUAUAUGCACAGAUCGUCCUUGUCAUCAUCUUGAUGGGCUCACUUGUUUCUCGGUUCUACCGCCUACGAUCACCAUACGUCGGUCUCCACGUCGCCGCCGUGGCUGUCGGCGCUCUGCUUGCGAUCCCUUUUCAAAAGGCCAGUAUCUUCUCACGGUCUCGCCGUCGAGAAGGCAAGUCAAAUCGAGAGACUAUAGGUAAAAAGGUUGCAUGGUCAUCGCAUCUCAUCCGACGAGCCAUCUUCACGAUAUCUUUACCCAUCGGUGCUGCCUGUUAUGCUGCAGUCUCUUCUGGUCCGCCGAUCAGUUCUAUUGUACCAGCUUUCUUUGCUCUGUGUAUGGGCUUCUUGUCGUGUCUUGCAAUUUCUGAAUGCAAUGGCCUCAUCAUGGAAACGUUCGAUACGUCAGACCUAUCUCCCGGCAUGAUUGGCCACCACCGUGAUCUAUCGGGUCAAGACCAUCGGAGGACCAACUACUCGUCUUUUCCAAGAAUAACUGCGGGUUUUGCUGUAAUUCACUCCCUCUCAUAUACCCUAGCAGCAGGCUCGACUGCUCUAGGCGGCCAUGUGACCCGGAAGCUUGGGCAACAAGUCGCAACAACCGUUGUUGCGGGCAUCCUCUUCUUGUUGACGGUCUUAUUACUACUCGUACUCAUCAGGUUCAAGAAUGUACUCAUUAUACCUCGAUCAAAAUCUGAAGAGAUGGAGAAGCUGACCCAGGCUCGACGACAAUCUUCCAAACGCCGGGCCACUAUGCCCAACGACAUACGUGCUUUAAUGGAGGAGGAUCACGCUUGGCGACCUGCAAUGACGGGCAACCCAAUGGGCAAAAAUCGUCGAAUGAAUGUGCUCGAAAUGGGGAACUUGACAAGAUGGGAAGACAUUCGAAGGAGAAACAGGCUCAUAGAUUCAGGUAUACAUAUCAACCGCGAAACACUGAAUCAUGGGCUGGAGGCUUUGGAUGCUGCUCUAGAGACCCAUGUUGACGAUAUGCGACAGAAUGCCCAGGGAUUUUUCAGGCGAGGAAGUUUGAGAAGACAUGGAAGCCGCCUGCGACGCAGCAAUCAAAGUAGAAGCAGUGAACAAACUUUCCAUGACCUAGAGCUGGAUACGUUUGAUUCUGUCGGAACACCGGGCGAGUCAUCCCAGCAGUCACGACGGUUUGCUAAGAGAGACUGCGUGAUGGGUCAAGCAAUCAAGGAGGAGGACAAAGGCGAGAAUCAAGCCGGGGCAAGCAGCUCCCGGAAGAAUGUCUGA